AUGAGUGAGAUUGUGUCAAAUUAAUUGUUUGUAACUGGUUAUAGUCUUGCAAAAAUAAGUGAUGAAAAGGAUAUCAAGAAUAUCUUCAAAAAAUAUGGUACUAUAAAAAAUGUUGCUUAUAAGGGUUCCUAUUCCUUUGUUGUAUGAAAUCUUAUUCUAUUUAAAUAGACCUUUUCAUCAGAAUCUGAAGCUGAAAAUGCUCUUAAAACACUUAAUGGAUAAUAAAUUAAUGGAUAGAAACUCAUAGUUAAUGUUGUAGAUAAUCGAAAAGGACGUAGAAAUGGACCUUAAGAAAAUGAUGAAUGUUUUAGAUGUAAAAAAGGAGGACAUUGGUAAAAUUGAUUAUUUUAUAGAUUUAGGGCUAGAGAAUGUCCAAAUGAAUCAUCACCAAAAAGAAGGAAAUAUGAUAAUUAAAGAUCACGGUAUUUUUUAGAUUUUAUUGAUUGUACAGAUAUAGAAAAACAAGAAGAUCAAACUCAAGAUCCCACUCAUAAUCUUCAUAUUAAUCUUCUCACUCUAGGGGAUAAAGAAACUCUAAAAAAGGAAAUAGAUACAGUAGAAGAAGUAGAAGUCCAAAAAGAGAUUAAAAGAGAUAGAAAAAUACCAGUCAAAAGAGAUCCAAUACAAAUUCAAGUUCCAGAUCAUUAGUUAACAAUAGAUAGAGAUAAUCACAUAGAUCAUCUCUAUCUAAAUGAGAAAUGGUCAAAAUAAAGAAAAAGAAAUUACAUCAAUAGUCUUCUUCAGUUUUUUUAUUCCCUUUCCUAUAAUUUCU